AUGGACUACCUGCUCGUCUACGCAGUGGCCGAAUUUCUGCUUUCUAUUCAUAUCUCUCUGUCAAAUCUACUUGUACUUUAUGUCUACAUCCGAAAAAAAGAUGUUAGAACCGUUACGAACACCUACAUAUUCUCAUUGGCGCUUACAGAUUUCUUAGCUGGAUGUCUAGGCAUUCCAGUUACUAUAGUAUCGGUAUUAACUCGACGACCUCAAACCUUUUACGGAUGUCUUUUUGUUCAUCUUAUUCUCUGUAUACUCUGUACUAUCUCUACAUUUCAUAUGCUAGCCAUAGCUGUCGACAAGUAUGUGACUAUCUGCUGCCGUGAUCAACUAUUCCGCUCCAGAUAUUCUCGAGCGGUCUUCUUGAUCGCAUUAUCAUGGGUAUCAGGCACGUUGAUCGCCACUUUGCCGCUAUUCAAUCUCUUCGGCUUCGCUGAGUAA